CUGGAUCCAUUGUCACUCUCUGUGUUUCUCCCGUUGACGAAGACUAGAAUAGACCAAGAUGUCCUCUCGCGCUCCUUUCGUCGUUCCCGCGCUCACGAAGCACACCGCUACGGUGAUCAUGGCCCAUGGUUUGGGCGACAGUGGCGCCGGAUGGAUGGCACUCGCCCAGAACUGGCGCCGGCGCGGCGUGUUCGACGAAGUCGCCUUCAUCUUCCCUAACGCGCCGAUGAUCCCCAUCACCGUGAACUUCGGAAUGACGAUGCCCGGUUGGUACGACAUCACCAAGCUCGGCCGUGAUUUGGACUUCGAAGAAGCCAUCCGCAACCAGGACGAACCGGGCAUCCUCCGCUCGCGCGAGUACUUCAACACCCUGAUCAAGGAGCAGAUGGACAAGGGGAUCAGCGCGUCGCGGAUCGUGCUGGGCGGGUUCUCGCAGGGGGGCGCGAUGUCGCUCUUCGCGGGGCUGACCAGCAAGGAGAAGCUGGGCGGCGUGUUCGGGCUGUCCUGCUACCUGCUCCUCAGCGACCGGAUCAAGAACUACAUCCCGGAGGGCUUCCCGAACCAGGGCACCCCGUUCUUCCUCGCCCACGGCCAGGAGGACGAGGUGGUGCGCUUCGACUUCGGCAAGCAGUCCAGCGAGAAGCUCCAGGAGCUCGACCUGGCCAAGGUCGAGUUCCACUCUUACCCUUACCUGGGCCACUCCGCCGAUCCCGAGGAGAUUGAGGACCUCGAGAAGUUCUUGCACAGUGUUAUCCCCCCGGAGGGCGAGGGCCAGACCGGUGCUGCUGGCUUAUGAAUUUAUGAUCAACAUCAUCAUCGUCAUCAUGAUACCUCUGUACAGACCCGGGACCACUGGUGGGGGUCAUCGUCGGUCACUUUUAGCCUCGCUUUAGCCAUCCUUGUUCUGUUGCUUGCGGUUCUGCUCCCCCGAUUCGGUGGUUCCAAGGGGAACCGGGAUCGGGAUCCUGUUGUCAGGAAACAGGACUGACAUAUGUUUCGCCCUCUUCCUAGAUGACACAAAGAAAACUUUCAUCUGCAUGAAAUUGGAAGAGUAGUUGUU